AUGGUUAUAUUUAAUGGAACAGCAAAAAUUCGGGUUGUUGAGGCUCGGGAAUUAAGGCCUACAGAAUGGUCUAAAAGAUUUACUCAAUCUGACGACCCAGACAGUCAAUUACUCGAUGCUUAUGUAAAUGUUGAUUGUGAUGAAUACCAUAUAGGGCAAACAGUUACUAGACCAAAAACAAAAAGUCCAGUUUGGAAUGAAGACUAUCAAACAGAAGUAAGGAGUGGAAAAGAGUUGGGAUUUACAGUAUUCCAUGAUUGUGCUUUACCUCCAGAUGAUUUUGUUUCUAAUUGUAGAAUUACUUUCGAUCAUUUAACUUUGAGUGGAAUUAAUGAUAUUUGGGCAGAUUUAGAACCACAUGGACAAUUACAUUUACAAAUUGAAUUACAGGGAAAAGUUACUGAAGAAGAUAAAGAACCCCGUGUAUUCCAAGAACGUUCUGGAGCAUUCAAUGACCGCCAAAGGCGUGGAGCAAUGCGUAGAAAAAUCCACGAAGUUACAGGACAUAAAUUUAUGGCUUUAUUUCUUCGACAACCAACAUUCUGUGCACAUUGUAAAGAAUUUAUUUGGGGAUUAGUAUGGAAACAAGGGUAUCAAUGUCAAAUAUGUACUGUUGUUGUCCACAAACGUUGCCAUUCUGAGGUUGUAUGGAAAUGCCCAGGAAGUAAAACAGAAACUUUUUAUGAAAUACCUCCAGAUGCUGUUGAUCAAGGUCUUGGCCGUUUCAAUAUAAAUAUGCCCCAUCGUUUCCAAAUUCAUUCUUAUAAAAGGCCAACAUUUUGUGACCAUUGUGGUUCUAUGCUUUACGGGGUUAUUAAACAAGGACUACAAUGUUCUGUUUGUAAAUUAAAUGUACACAAAAGGUGUCAAAGAAAUGUAGCUAAUAAUUGUGGAAUUAAUGCUAAACAAAUGGCAAUGGAAUUAGCACAACUUGGAUUAACUGGUGAUAAAAUGUCUGUCAGAAUGAGAAAACCAUUAAGUAUAUCAACAUCAGAAAGUAGUGCCUCAAGUAGUUGCACACAAGAAACAUCAAUAACAACAAUAAAAAACGAUAUAAUUUCCUCUUCAAAUAUAAAUUCUUCUUCUUCAACAUCUUCUUCCCCAAUAUCUUCAAAUUUGCCUUCAACAAAUAUUUCUUCUACACAAAUUAUUUCACAACAAACAACAGUCAUUUCUCCCCAAGAUAAAUUAAAUAUUAAAUCUUCUACUGCUUCUAUUAACGAUUUUACUUUUAUUAAAGUAAUGCUGGCAGAAAGAAAAGGUACAGAAGAUGUAUUUGCCGUGAAGGUGCUCAAAAAAGAUAUAAUUCUUCAAGAUGACGAUGUUGAAUGUACAUUAUGUGAAAAAAGAAUUCUUGCCCUAGCUGCCAAACAUCCAUUUUUAACUGCUUUAUUUUGUUCUUUCCAAACACAUGACAGAUUAUUUUUUGUUAUGGAAUAUGUUAACGGGGGUGAUUUAAUGUUUCAAAUUCAAAGAGCAAGAAAGUUUGAAGAACCUAGAGCUAGAUUUUAUUCUGCUGAAGUUACUUGUGCAUUACAAUUUUUACAUAGACAUAAUGUUAUUUAUAGAGAUUUAAAAUUGGAUAAUAUUUUGCUUGAUUCUGAUGGUCAUUGUAGAUUAGCUGAUUUUGGAAUGUGUAAGGAAGGAAUUACUCGUGAUAACUUAACAUCUACUUUUUGUGGUACACCUGAUUAUAUUGCCCCAGAGAUUUUACAAGAAAUGGAAUACGGAUUUUCUGUUGAUUGGUGGGCGUUGGGUGUUUUAAUGUAUGAAAUGAUGGCUGGACAGCCCCCUUUUGAGGCAGAUAAUGAGGAUGAUUUAUUCGAAGCUAUACUGCAUGAUGAUGUUUUAUAUCCGGUUUGGUUAAGUCGAGAAGCUGUUUCAAUUCUUAAAGGGUUUAUGACAAAGAAACCACAACGCCGUUUAGGAUGUAUGGAAUCACAAGGAAGCGAGGAUGCAAUCCGGGCACAUUCAUUCUUUCGAGUAAUCGACUGGGAUGCAUUAGAGGCACGGAAAGUAAAACCACCAUUUAGGCCAAGAAUUAAAGGCAAAAGGGAUGUAAAUAAUUUUGAUGCUGAUUUCACUAAAGAAGAGCCAACACUAACCCCAACAGAUCCAACAGUUAUGAAGUCAAUUGCACAGGAUGAAUUUCGCGGAUUUUCAUUUAUUAAUUCAGAAUUCAACAGAGAAUAA